AUGAAAAAGGACAUUUGUGAGUAUGUUCAAAAUUGUAAUACUUGUAAUCAAACUAUUUCAAUUAAAGAAAAGAAUGAUCUAACACCAGUUGUAAGUCAUAGUCUAAUGAAACACCUUCAGAUGGACCUCAUUGAUUUUACUGCAUAUAAAGAUAUGAACGAUAGGUUUUCCUGGCUUCUUACUAUGACAAAAGAAGCUAAUAUUGUUGGUAAAGAUUUGAUUUCGCUAUUUGCACAAUGGGGUGUGCUGUCGAUUCUGCAGCCUGACAACAGCAAAGAAUUUACUGCCAAUGUUGUUAAAUGUAUUUGUGAAGAACUUGGAACAUAG